GCUGCUUUGGCGGUGGCAGCUGCGGGAGCCGGGCUCGGGAGCAGCAAGGAGCAGCAGCCGCCCAGCGCCCAGCCCGCCGCGCCCUGAGGCCCGGCCCCCGGGGUGGGAACCGCGCCGAAAGCUGGAAACUUUCUCGGCAGGAGCUGACAGAAACAUACAGGAAGAGGACAGGAGAGAGAUUUGUGACUGAAGGGCCACCUUAUCCGCGUUUCCUCGGUGAAUGAGAAGAUACCAGAAAUAGAGACAAAAGGGUGCUGAAAAUGCUGAAGGCUGUGCUGAAGAAGAGCCGAGAGGGAGGAAAGGGAGGCAAGAAGGAAGCAGGAGGUGACUUCGGUUCAGAGACGCUUGCCUCGUCCUCCAGUCACAGUGGUGACUCGCCUGUGAAUAGUCCUCCUACGGCAGAGGACACCUACCGUGUGAGCUUGGCCAAAGGGGUCUCAAUGUCUCUCCCUUCGUCGCCUUUGCUGCCUCGGCAGUCUCACUUGACACAGUCAAGAUCAAACAAGAAAUCUCCAGGUCCUGUCAGGAAGCCCAAGUAUGUGGAGAGCCCCAGGGUGCCUGGAGAUCCCGCUAUGGUCCCCUUCAGAGAAGGGUCCAAGCCCUCAGAGCCCAGCGAGACUGAAGCAAAGGCUGACGAUGAACCCAGCUGCUCUCCAGCAGCUCAGGAGCUGUUGACAAGGCUGGGAUUUUUACUGGGAGAAGGGAUCCCAGGAGCCACACACAUAACCAUUGAAGACAAAAAUGAAGCCAUGUGCACAGCCCUGAGUCGAGGCAUCAGCCCUUGCUCCACGCUGACCAGCAGCACCGCCUCUCCCAGCACCGACAGCCCCUGCUCGACCUUGAAUAGCUGUGUCGGCAAGACGGCAGCCAACAAAAGCCCUUGUGAGACCAUUAGCAGCCCUAGUUCCACCCUGGAAAGCAAGGACAGUGGGAUUAUAGCCACAAUUACAAGUUCAUCGGAAAAUGAUGACCGGAGUGGCUCCAGUUUGGAAUGGAAUAAAGAUGGGAGCCUAAGGUUAGGGGUUCAGAAGGGAGUGCUUCAGGACCGAAGGGCAGAUAACUGCUCCCCCGUGGCAGAAGAGGAGACCUCUGGGUCAGCGGAGAGCGUGCUGCCCAAGGCGGAGUCCUCAGCUGGAGAUGGUCCGAUUCCUUAUUCUCAGAGCUCCAGCUCGCUAAUAAUGCCACGGCCCAACUCAGUUGCAGCAACAAGUUCUACCAAAUUGGAAGACCUGAGUUACUUAGAUGGACAGAGGAAUGCCCCUCUCCGGACGUCAAUUAGAUUGCCCUGGCACAAUACAGCUGGAGCACGAUUUGCUCCCUACAAGCCACAGGACAUUUUGUUGAAGCCCUUGCUGUUUGAAGUGCCGAGCAUCACAACUGACUCUGUGUUUGUGGGAAGAGAUUGGCUCUUUCAGCAGAUAGAAGAAAACUUGAGGAACAACACAGAACCGGCAGAAAACAGAGGAGCAGUGGUCGUGGGGAACGUAGGGUUUGGGAAGACAGCCAUCAUUUCCAAGUUGGUGGCCCUGAGCUGUCACGGAAGCCGCAUGAGACAGAUUGCGUCCAACAGCCCCAGCUCGUCGCCCAAAACAUCAGAUCCCACCCAGCACCUUCCUUUUACUCCGUUACUUUCACCGAGUUCUUCCACGAGUGCUCUCAAUGUGGCCAAAACUCCCACUGGGCCUGGCACCUCGGAAAACCAGAGACCGAGAGAGGAUGCGGUGAAGUACCUCGCUUCUAAGGUGGUGGCCUACCAUUACUGCCAAGCUGACAACACGUACACGUGUCUGGUGCCUGAGUUUGUGCACAGCAUUGCAGCUCUGCUGUGCCGGUCUCACCAGCUGGCUGCCUACAGAGACCUCCUGAUCAAGGAGCCCCAGCUGCAGAGCAUGCUGAGCCUCCGCUCCUGCGUGCAGGACCCCGUGGCUGCUUUCAAGAGGGGCGUGCUGGAGCCGCUCACGAGCCUAAGAAACGAGCAGAAAAUUCCAGAAGAGGAAUACAUCAUUUUGAUAGAUGGCUUGAAUGAAGCUGAAUUUCAUAAGCCUGAUUAUGGAGAUACGCUGUCUUCAUUUAUUACCAAAAUUAUUCCUAAAUUCCCCAACUGGCUGAAGCUGAUCGUGACUGUGAGAGCAAAUUUUCAGGAAAUCGUCAGUGCGCUGCCAUUUGUCAAGCUUUCCUUAGAUGACUUUCCAGACAACAAGGACAUUCACAGUGACCUGCACGCAUACGUCCAGCACAGGGUCCACAGCAGCCAGGACAUCCUCAGCAACAUCUCCCUGAAUGGCAAGGCCGACGCCGCCCUCAUCGGUAAAGUCAGCAGCCAUCUGGUGCUGCGAAGCCUCGGUUCCUACCUGUACCUCAAGCUCACCCUGGACCUCUUCCAGCGGGGACACCUGGUCAUAAAGAGUGCCAGCUACAAGGUGGUGCCUGUGUCUCUGUCCGAGCUGUAUUUGCUACAGUGCAACAUGAAGUUCAUGACCCAGUCUGCCUUCGACCGAGCCCUUCCCAUUUUAAACGUGGCCCUUGCGUCCCUCCACCCCAUGACGGAUGAGCAGAUAUUUCAGGCUAUCAAUGCCGGCCACAUCCAAGGCGAGCAGGGCUGGGAGGACUUUCAGCAGCGGAUGGAGGCGCUUUCCUGCUUCCUCAUAAAGAGGAGAGACAAAACUCGGAUGUUCUGCCACCCAUCCUUCAGAGAGUGGCUGGUGUGGAGAGCUGACGGCGAAAGCACAGCCUUCCUGUGUGAGCCCAGGAACGGGCACGCUCUACUGGCGUUCAUGUUCUCUCGACAGGAAAGCAAGCUGAACCGCCAACAGACCAUGGAGCUCGGCCACCACAUCCUGAAAGCACACAUUUUCAAGGGCCUCAGUAAGAAGACUGGAGUCUCCUCAAGCCAUCUUCAGGCCCUGUGGAUCGGUUACAGCACAGAGGGGUUGUCAGCUGCCCUGGCCUCUCUCAGGAAUCUCUACACUCCCAACGUGAAGGUGAGCCGGCUCCUGAUUUUGGGAGGGGCCAACGUGAACUACAGGACGGAAGUGUUAAAUAAUGCCCCCAUCCUGUGCGUCCAGUCUCACCUUGGCCAUGAAGAAGUUGUCACUCUACUUCUGGAAUUUGGCGCCUGCCUAGAUGGGGUGUCGGAGAACGGUAUGAACGCGCUCUGCUACGCGGCUGCUGCGGGCCACAUGAAGCUGGUGUAUCUGCUGACCAAGAAGGGGGCGAGGGUAGACCACUUGGAUAAGAAGGGUCAAUGCGCCCUCGUCCACAGCGCACUGCGGGGCCACAGUGACAUUCUCCAGUACCUACUGAAUUGUGAGUGGUCAGCAGGUCCUCCCCAGCCUGGCACGCUAAGGAAGAGCCAGGCCCUGCAGCAGGCACUGACGGCCGCCGCCAGCAUGGGCCACAGCACGGUGGUCCAGUGCUUGCUGGGAAUGGCAGAGGAACAUGAAAUCGAAGUCAAUGCCACCGACACAUUGUGGGGAGAAACAGCCCUGACUGCUGCCGCUGGGAGAGGAAAGCUGGAGGUCUGCGAGCUGCUGCUGGAGCGUGGAGCUGCCGUGUCGAGGGCCAACAGGAGAGGAGUACCCCCCCUGUUUUGUGCAGCCCGCCAGGGGCAUUGGCAGAUUGUCAGGCUGCUUUUGGAACGGGGCUGCGACGUGAACCUGAGUGACAAGCAGGGCCGGACACCUCUCAUGGUGGCUGCCUGUGAAGGACACCUGAGCACCGUGGAGUUCCUCCUUUCAAAAGGUGCUGCUCUUUCUUCCCUGGACAAGGAAGGCCUGUCAGCACUGAGCUGGGCUUGUCUGAAGGGUCACAGGGCAGUGGUCCAGUACCUGGUCGAAGAAGGAGCUGAGAUAGACCAGACAGACAAAAAUGGCCGUACUCCUUUGGACCUGGCCGCCUUCUACGGUGAUGCAGAGACUGUGCUGCAUCUGGUGGAGAAGGGAGCCGUGAUUGAACAUGUGGACCACAGUGGGAUGCGCCCUCUGGACAGAGCCAUCGGUUGUCGAAACACGGCGGUAGUUGUUACACUGCUUAGAAAAGGAGCCAAACUAGGAAAUGCCGCUUGGGCGAUGGCCACUUCCAAACCCGAUAUUUUGAUUAUACUUUUACAGAAAUUGAUGGAGGAAGGAAAUGUGAUGUACAAGAAAGGGAAGAUGAAGGAGGCAGCCCAGAGGUACCAGUACGCCCUGAGGAAGUUCCCUCGGGAAGGAUUCGGAGAGGACAUGAGGCCGUUCAAUGACCUGAGAGUCUCCCUCUAUCUCAAUCUGUCUCGAUGCCGAAGGAAAACAAAUGACUUUGGCUUGGCAGAAGAAUUUGCUUCAAAAGCUCUGGAAUUGAAACCCAAAUCCUAUGAAGCCUUUUAUGCCCGAGCAAGAGCGAAAAGGAACAGCAGGCAGUUCCUGGCAGCUCUGGCUGACUUGCAGGAGGCCAUGAAACUCUGUCCCACCAACCAGGAAAUCAAGAGGCUUUUGGCCCGUGUUGAAGAAGAGUGCAAGCAACUCCAGAGGAACCAGCAGCAGAAACAGCAGGGCCCCCUGCCCGCUCCACCCAAUGACUCAGAUAAUGAAGAAGAUGCCCCUGCCUCCAGCUUAAAGGACCACUUCCCCAUUGAGGAAGCUGAAGAGGAAGAAAGCUCUUCACAGGAAGAGUCCAUUUCCCCGACUCCCAGACCCCCACCACCACCAUCUGUCCCUUCCCCAUAUAUCCGAAACCUUCAAGAGGGACUACAGUCCAAAGUCAGGCCAGCAUCACCACAGAGCAGGGCGGGGGUCAGCAAGUCCCUGAGAGAGACUGUAGCUCAGCCAGGCUUGGUUAUGCAGCCUACCAAACAGGCACAGAUAGUGAAGACCAGCCAACAUCUGGGUUCCGGCCAAUCGAGCAUGAGAAACAGUAGCACAAAAAUACAGGUCCCUUCUCAGAACCCUCCCCAAAGCCCGAUGCCUGGUAGAGUAUCUGCAACCCCUGCCCCGAGCAGAAACCAGCAUUUAGAGGGAGCAGGGCCCUUUCCCUCAGGAACUGCUUGUGGCCACUUUGGGGAUCGCCUAGGCCUCAGCCAGAACCUCCAGCUGCAGCGCAGUGAGAGCGGCACAGCGUAUCCUCUACCGAGCAAAAUCAAAGCUGCCGAGAGGCUCCUGGCUCAUGCCUCUGUGGUGGUGGACGUAGCUCCUCCAAGCCAGGGAGGCCCAGCGAGCUGCAGUGAUGUGCGACACCCGGCUUCCCUCACUAGCUCGGGCUCUUCCGGCUCUCCAUCCAGCAGCAUAAAGAUGUCCAGUUCAACCAGCAGUUUGACUUCAAGUAGUAGUUUUUCGGAUGGAUUCAAGGCCCAAGGGCCAGACUCUCGAAUCAAAGACAAAGGUACAAACCAGAUGCAGGGUGGCACUACCGAACACAGGCCCCGCAAUACUCCGUUCAUGGGCAUCAUGGACAAGACUGCCAGGUUCCAGCAGCAGGGCAAUCCUCCGAGUCGCUCCUGGCACUGCCCGGUGGCAGAGGGGCUCCUGACAAACACAGCCGCUGCAGCUGGCCUGCAGUCUAGCUCUGAGAAGCCCACUCUCAAGCCAGGAGGCUACUGUAGCCAAGGCAAACCCUGUUCUGUUUCCCCACUGGGCACGGGUGUCCACAAUGGGGCACAGGUGAAGGAGGCGGAGGAGAGUAAGUGCCAAAUCCCAGCCCUUUGUCAAGACAGUAGGAUAACUAAGGGGGUUCCUCAUCUGUACCCGGAAAGCGUCUCUAAGCAGCCGCCUCAUGUCAGUACGGAAGCCCACAGGAGCCACCUGACUUCAGCGAAACCAAAGCGAUCGUUCAUAGAGUCAAACGUGUGAGCCUUAAGCAAGCCCUGUAGAAUCUGGAGUCAGCCUGCUGGCUUGCGGUAGCAGAUAAUGUUUUU